AGCUUUGCUUAGCAAAACCAAACAACGUACCGUGCUUUGCUUGUUGGUCAACGUUUUGGAUCCACUGCUGAGACCUCGUAAGAUCGUAACAAAUGUAUUUUACCCCAAAUUCUCGAACUGUAUGAGUCGAGAAAAGACUCAAUAUAGAAGUUAAGUAAGUGAAAACAGGGAACAAACGAUCACCUGCGUAGGUUAGUUACUUACUAUAUAGUUGAGUCAGUUCCAAUCUUAUACACCCAAUCACGUGAAACAGGUGUUGCUGGAGAUUCGGGAAUUCAGGGCUCUGAAGAACCCCUGUGGUGAAAGUUGGUCAAUAGAACAUCGGAAAUGAUGUUACGGUACCACAUUACAUUCUGAAAGUGGAGUACCGGUUGAAUAAAAGAUAUCAAUUCCAAAAACUAUUUUUUCGAUAUGAAAAAAAUCAUAUUUUCCUUAGUAAUAACAGGUUUGCUGUCAGUAUGUAAAGGGAACAGGGUCAAGCGGUGGGAUGAAGAUGGCAGCGGUGAUAAAAUGGGAGUCCGUGGUCAGCCCGGAGUUGACUAUCCGGACUACAGGGAGAUUCCUGAGACGUCGUUUUCAUGUAAAGAUAAGUUGUAUACAGGAUUAUACGCAGACGUCGAGACACGGUGUCAGGUUUACCACGUGUGUUACCCCAAGAACAGAAUGGCCAAGUUCAUGUGUACUAGUGGCACUGUCUUUAAUCAGAAAAUCCUGGCUUGUGAUUACUGGUUCAGCGUUGAGUGUGAGGAUUCACCCAAUUAUUAUUACUUAAACUCCAAAAUUGGAAAUGCCUCAUUGCAGUUGCAUACCGAAGAUCGGGUGGAGCUUCAACAACUUCAACCUGGUUUACAGCCACAACCACAACGACAGUCUGGUUCACAGCCUGGAUACAAGCCUCGGCCAGAAUCACAGUCACAACAACAGUUGUUCACAGUCUGGAUACAACCCCGACCUGGAUCAAAGCCACAACAACAGCCUGGUUCACAGUCUGGAUACAAGCCUCGGCCUGGAUCACGGCCACAACAACAGCUUGGUUCACAGUCUGGAUACAAACCUCGGCCUGGAUCACAGCCACAAAAACAGCUUGGUUCACAGUCUGGCUACAAGCCCCAGCCUGGAUCACAUCCACAGUCACAGCCACAACAACAACCUGGUUCACAGUUUGACUACAAGCCCCAGUCUGGACCACAGCCACAACAACAGUUUGGUUCACAGUCUGGAUACAAACCUCGGCCUGGAUCACACCCUCAAAAACAGCUUGGUUCACAGUCUGGCUACAAGCCCCGGCCUGGAUCACAUCCACAGUCACAGCCACAACAACAACCUGGUUCACAGUCUGGAUAUAAGCCCCGGCCUGGAUCACAGCCACAACAACAGCAUGGUUCACAGUUUGACUACAAGCCCCGGCCUGGAUUACAGCCACAACAACAGCCUGGUUCACAGUCUGGCUACAAGCCCCGGCCUGGCUCACAGCCACAAAACCAACCUAGCUACAAACCUCAGCCUGACUCACAUCCACAACACCAACCUGGUUCACAGUAUGUUUACACACCCCAGCCUGAUUCUCACCAACAUAAACAGUCUGGCUACAAGCUUCAAACUGGGUCUCUGUCACAAAAACAGCCUGGCUCACAGUCUGGUUAUCAGCCACUGCUUGACUCUCGGCCACAACAACAAAGUGACUACCAAUCACAGCUUCGCACUCAGCCUCAACGACAAAUUCAGUUUGGCUUCAAUCAACCUGACUUACCGCAAACAUCUUUUAGGCCUAACCCAUGGAUGUUUCCAGGAGGAAUGAUGAUGAUGGGUGGACCAGGUGACCGCUAGAGACGUUUUAUAGAAGUUAAGCCAUCUUGUUUUUGUCGAUUGGAAUUAGGGUUAGGGAACAAACGGAUAGAUGGUUUUGCUGUCCAGGGACGUAAACUUGUUUCCAGUAUAAUUUCUCUAAGCUAUUUUAUCCUUCGGGGAAGGUAAA